AUGUGUGACCCCCUACAACUGCGGGCAAUGUGUGACCCCCUACAACUGCGGGCAAUGUGUGACCCCCUACAACUGUGGGCAAUGUGUGACCCCUACAACUGCGGGCAAUGUGUGACCACCUACAACUGCGGGCAAUGUGUGACCCCCUACAACUGCGGGCAAUGUGUGACCACCUACAACUGCGGGCAAUGUGUGACCCCCUACAACUCCGGGCAAUGUGUGACCACCUACAACUGCGGGCAAUGUGUGACCCCCUACAACUGCGGGCAAUGUGUGACCCCCUACAACUGCGGGCAAUGUGUGACCCCCUACAACUGCGGGCAAUGUGUGACCCCCUACAACUGCGGGCAAUGUGUGACCCACUACAACUGCGGGCAAUGUGUGACCCCCUACAACUGCGAGCAAUGUGUGACCACCUACAACUGCGGGCAAUGUGUGACCCCCUACAACUGCGGGGCAAUGUGUGACCCCCUACAACUGCGGGCAAUGUGUGACCCCCUACAACUGCGGGCAAUGUGUGACCCCCUACAACUGCGGGGCAAUGUGUGA